AUGGCCGCCGGUCUUGUCAAGCCGUCGUGGGCGUGCAUUGCGAUCAUCGUCUUAAUCGUCACGUCGUCGAGCGGCGUGGCGUCGGGCGAGGCUAGGAGGCUGCUGGUGGCGGAGAAACACGCGGUCGAGGGAGCAUGCGCCGGUGGUUGCCGUCCUCCAGUCCAAGGUCUCACGGCGACGAUCACCGCCAGCAUGAUGGCGACCACCGACGGGCGGCCCACGGCUCCCGGACACAGCCCAGGGAUCGGCAACAAGAUCGCUGGCAACACCCGUUGA